CAUACCUCUACUUUCUGUUGUUUUUUUUUUCUGUCAGAAAUGAAAAUGAAAAAACUUGCCAAGUUACCGUUGAAAUCUUCAGAUAAACUUUCCAAGUUUGAGAUGGAUUUCUCUAUGGGCAAGCUAAGAUCGAUUCAAGUCUUGAUCUUUAUUGGUCUUCUUUACUUAUGUUUGGUUGGUUUCGAAAUCCCAUUUGUUUUCAGAGCUUCUAUUUCGCAGGAACCGAUAACUCGACCUCGUGAACUCAACAUUGAACAAGAUUUUCAAGUCCAUAAGGCACCGUCUCGUCCUUUGAAGAAUUGGGUUUCACAAAACUCUAACCCGCAGAGUCAGACUCAGACUCGACAACUCACUCAGGCAAACAACAGAAACAAAAUUCUCUCAAACUUGUCAUUUCAUAAUAAAGCUUUCGACCCGACCGGUGAAUCCGGGUCUUCUGAGCUCCACAAGACGGCCGGAACCGCUUAUGAAGUGGGAAGAAGAUUAUGGAAAGAACUCGAAUCAGGAAAGGUUCACAUCGAAGCCAAAAAACCUGAAAACAUAUCAGAAUCGUGUCCACACUCCAUUUCACUACCCGGGCCAGAGUUUUUGAAUAACGGAAAUGUGAUGGUUUUGCCGUGUGGACUUACACUGGGGUCAUAUAUUACGGUGGUGGGCAAGCCGAGGCGGGCCCACCCAGAGACUGUCUCGAAUAUUGCGCUCGCGAAGGAUGGUGAGGAAGUGAUGAUUUCACAGUUCAUGAUGGAGUUGCAGGGAUUGAAGACUGUAGAAGGAGAGGACCCGCCAAAAAUUUUGCAUUUUAAUCCAAGGCUGAAAGGUGAUUGGAGUGGGAAGCCGGUGAUUGAGCAGAACACUUGUUACAGGAUGCAGUGGGGGUCGGCGUUGCGGUGCCAGGGAUGGAAGUCCAGGCCUGAGGAGGAGACUGUUGAUGGUCUUGUAAAGUGCGAGAGCUGGACCGCAAAUAAUGACAAUCUUGCUGAAAAUUCUAAAUUAAAAUGGUGGGAAAACAUGAAUCGGUUUCUAGGUGUAAAGAACAAACUGACUGUUGGUGUUGAAUGGCCAUUCCCAUUUGUGGAGGACAAUCUUUUUGUACUGACACUUCGUGCAGGUUUUGAGGGUUAUCAUGUUGAUGUUGGUGGGAAUCAUAUCACCUCCUUUCCUUAUCGAACUGGAUUCACUCUUGAAGAUGCCACUGGGCUAACUUUGAAUGGGGACAUUGAUGUCGUCUCAGUAUUUGCUGCUUCCUUGCCUACUUCACAUCCUAGUUUUGCUCCUCAAAGACAUCUUGAGAUGUCAACCAAAUGGCAGGCUCCAACUAUUCCUGAGCGGCCUGUGGAACUUUUUAUUGGAAUCCUUUCUGCAGGCAAUCAUUUUGCCGAGAGGAUGGCUGUGAGAAAGUCUUGGAUGCAACAUGAACUUGUUAAAUCAUCAAAUGUGGUAGCUCGUUUCUUUGUAGCGCUGCAUGCUAGGAAGGAAGUGAAUUUGGAGCUGAAGAAAGAAGCAGAAUUUUUUGGUGACAUUGUGAUCGUUCCUUAAAUGGAUAACUAUGAUCUUGUAGUGUUGAAAACUGUUGCUAUCUGUGAAUAUGGGGCUCGCACAGUGUCUGCUAAGUAUAUUAUGAAGUGCGAUGACGACACAUUUGUACGAGUAGAUGCAGUUAUUAAUGAAGCAAGGAAGGCACCUGAAGGCAGAAGCUUGUACAUCGGGAACAUUAACUACUACCAUAAGCCCUUGCGCCAUGGUAAAUGGGCAGUAAAAUAUGAGGAAUGGCCAGAGGAAGAUUAUCCACCGUAUGCAAAUGGACCAGGCUACAUAUUGUCAUCUGACAUUGCACAAUCCAUUGUCUACGAUUUUGAAAACCAUAAACUAAGAUUGUUUAAGAUGGAAGAUGUGAGUAUGGGAGUGUGGGUAGAGAAGUUCAACAGCUCAAAACCGGUCGACUAUCUACACAGUUUGAAGUUUUGCCAGUUCGGGUGCAUAGAAGGUUACUACACAGCUCACUACCAGUCUCCGAGGCAGAUGAUCUGCUUGUGGAGUAAAUUGCAAAAUCCGGGAAAGACUGAGUGUUGUAAUAUGAGAUGAUUGUGGUUUCUGAUGAUGAACAUGGGAACAAAUUUUGCAGUCAUAUAGCACUACUUAUUGUAUAUCCAGUGGUUAGUUGUAUUUAGGCCUCUUCAAAUGUUCUUUUAUAUUCUUUCA